GUGCAAAAGUGUCUCAAUUUGACCAAAAUUCACUCGAAAGGGUUGACUCACGACUCCAUAUGAUUACCGAUAAAUUAUCUCAAAUCGCGGACAGAAAACAACAAUUUGAAGAAUUGGAGAAAAACUCUAAAAUCAAUGAAUUAUUUGAAUUGAUUCAGAAAACAGAGAAAAGUCGUUCAACUCUUCCCACUGUUUUACAGCGAUUGGAAACUUUAAACGAUCUCCAGGAGCAAGCGCUUCAAUUCUCGUCCGGUCUCUCAUACUUGGAUUCAUUGGAGACACAGAUCGCGGAGUCCAUGAAAACUAAUGAACAAGAACUCCACACUUUGAAGAUAUCGUUUGAAACCAAUGUCGAUUCUGAUGGUGUCAUCAAAUCAAUGAUAUGGCGAACCUCUUCUCUCAUGGCAUACAUGAAGGCCUUCGUCUCCCACAAGGCGUUACAGAUCUCGACGUCUGACGUCUCGUCCAAUGCUAUCACUUCAGACAACAUAGAGUUGACCCGAAAAUACGAGGUCUUGAUUCCGCUGCACCACGACUGGGCUCUAAUCAAUGCGUUCACAAUUGGAUUAACAAAUUACUACUCCAUAUUUCCCAAUUGUCUCACAUAUAAUGUAUUUUUAUACAAUUCCCGGGCGUUGAAAGACCAGAGUCUCUCCACAUCGACCGGUUCUGCGGGAGUUGUGGCGAACUUUCCGGUGCCAAACGAAACCACUAAAUCCAGUUCUUGGGCCUCGUCUUCCCUCCCGACUGAUCGCAAAGAGUUGUUG